AUGUAUGUGAAAUGGUUUGAUACAGUAAUGUUUUACUAUGUGAUUUUAGUGUAUUGAGUGAAUGUCACUUUUUGUCAUUUUCAAAUUUCCCACCGUUCCGUCCCCCGUACGUCCCGACGCUCGCAGGGGACGGAACCCAGAUAACAGAUGUCGGCAUCGGCCGGAUUACAUUGCCGGAGACACUGCAGGAGGUACAUCGUGGGAGCGCAGGACAAGGUAAGUGAUCGAGGGAUCGCGGAGCAGAGCCGCAUAGUAUUCCCGAGUGUAGCUCGGGGUUACCGCUUGUGCUACACUCGGGAAUACCGCCAGGGAGGU